CGGCUAUCUUGUGCAAGCCACACGACCCUCCCUCCCUCAGACGUAGGUCACUAGCUAAGGUCUGCAAGAAGCUAGAAGCUCAGCUUCAGCGAUGGCGUCCAGAGCAGCAGCGGCCAUCGCCGUCCUGGCCUUGGUCUGCGCCGCCGUCCACUCGUCGGAGGGCCAGCUCUCACCCAACUUCCACGCCGCGACGUGCCCGGACCUGGAGCACAUCGUGGAGUUCCACGUCGCCGAGACGUUCCGCCGCGACGUGGGCGUGGCGCCGGCGCUCAUCCGCAUCCUCUUCCACGACUGCUUCCCGCAGGGCUGCGACGCGUCCGUGCUGCUCAAGGGCGCCGGCAGCGAGCUCAAUGAGGUCCCCAACCAGACCCUCCGCCCCGUGGCGCUGGACCUCAUCGAGCGCAUCCGCGCCGCCGUGCACAGCGCCUGCGGGCCCACCGUCUCCUGCGCCGACAUCACCGUGCUCGCCACCCGCGACUCCCUCGUCGAGGCCGGCGGGCCGCGCUUCGACGUCUCCCUCGGCCGCCGCGACGCCCUCGCCCCGGCGUCGUCCGCUCUCGUCGGCCUCCUGCCGGCGCCCUUCUUCGACGUGCCGACCCUCAUCUCCUCCUUCAGCAACCGCAGCCUGGACGUGGCCGACCUGGUGUCCCUCUCCGGCGCGCACACCUUCGGCGUCGCCCACUGCCCGGCCUUCGAGGACCGCUUCAAGCCGGUGUUCGACACCAACCCGGCCAUCGACUCCAAGUUCGCCACCUCUCUCCGGAACAAGUGCGCUGGGGACAACCCCGCCGGCACCCUGACCCAGAACCUCGACGUCCGCACCCCGGACGCCUUCGACAACAAGUACUACUUCGACCUGAUCGCGAGGCAGGGCCUGUUCAAGUCGGACCAGGGCCUGAUCGACCACCCCACCACCAAGCGCAUGGCCACCCGCUUCUCGCUCAACCAGGGCGCCUUCUUCGAGCAGUUCGCCCGGUCCAUGACCAAGAUGAGCAACAUGGACCUCCUCACCGGCAACAAGGGCGAGAUCCGGAACAACUGCGCCGCCCCCAACAGGCGUGUCCAGGAUAUCGAGACCGCCACCACCGGCGACGAGGGGAUCGCCGCCGACAUGUGAGACAUGUUCUAUCGAUGUAACGUAGUGUGAGUGAGUGACCGUUAAGCCGGUGUGUUUUAAACUUUUAAUUAAUUGUGCAAGCAUGUUGUCAUAGUUAAUAAGAUGAGAGGUCAAAUCGUA